AUGGAAAUCCAUGCCAUCAACUCUAAUACGUCUAGACCUUUUGGUAAGACUAGUUCUUCCUCUUUCCCUCGUCAUGGACAAUCAAAUGGUUACAAAAAACCCAGAGAAAAGGCCGAUCCCAUGCGCCUUCGAGCUUCCGAUGGUCAAGCCAUCUGUGGCGUUUGUAAGAAAACUGGACAAUUGACCAAGACACGUUACCAGAAUCCAGAAUCAUCCCAAUCUAGACAAGUGCAUAGCUUAACACCUACCAACAACGCUAAAUUCGCUGCCGUACCCAUCGAAUCCAAUCCUAUUGCUGCUCAAAACGUCGCCUCCAUCCACAAUCUGAACAACGUUUCGGAAUGCAAUUUAGUCCAAGCUCUUGUUGAUACUGGUGCUACCAUUUCCGCCCUACGUCAAACCAUCGCCACUCGGUUAGAAUUACAAUACGAUGUCUCAAAAGUCGCAGCUUUUACCACGGCUGCCAACAAACACGUGUUCUCACUUUGUGUCGUUAAGAUCAAGGCUAUGCUUGAUAAGAUGCAAGUCCGGCUAUUUUGCCAUGUUGUCAACAACUUGGCACAUGAAUUAAGUUUCGGUUAUCCGGACCUCAAACAUUACAAGAUCACCAUUGAUACCGACAGCGAUGAAGUCCGCUUCCCAAAAUUCGUAUCGACUCUAUCUCCUGCUGCACCUGGAAUCUGUACCAUGAAUUCGUGUCUUCCAUUGCCUGGCCAAUCACAUACUUACGUUGAUAUCAAUGAACCACCUCUGCGAUCCGCUUUCAUUUCGACCCCCAAUGAAACUGUCUUGAAAAAGAUGCUCUCUGUUGCUGCAGGCGUAGUACAAUCUGAUGCCGACGGAAUCGUUACAGUUAAACUGGCUAAUUUAGAUACAGAUAUCAAAUAUUUAAAUAAAAGACAGCAUAUUGCUAAUUUCGAAUAUUUGUCACCAACCCUAAAGUCGUAUUCGAACAGCGACACUUCUAUUUAUAAUAUACAGACCUCUUAA